AUGGCAGCAACAUCGAAACGCCCCGAAAUCAUUGCCCUCUCGCAAGACCUGCGGGGCAUCCCGCACUGCAAAGAAUACGAGCGCAUGAUCUCCGGCAUAAUGUACAACCCCAACACGCCCAAACUCCUCGAGAUGCGCCACCGCUGCCGCGGGCUCGCGCGAGCCUUCAAUGACCUCGACACGAUGACCAUCCCAUCUUCCCAGAUCUUCGAGACGCGACUCGCCCUGCUCCGCCAGCUGGUCGGGAAGGUCGGCGAGGGCACGUUCAUCGAGCCGCCCUUCAAGCCGGAUUACGGGUGCAAUGUUGUCAUCGGGAGUCAUUGUUUUAUUGACUGGGACGUGACGGUGCUGGAUACCAGUCUGGUGGUGAUCGGGGACCGCGUGCAGAUUGGCACCGGGGUGAGUAUCUUCACGGCGGGCCACGAUACCAGUGUGCUGUCGCGGCAGAAGUUUGUCGAGUUCGGGCCCCCCGUCUUUGUUGAGGAUGAUUGCUGGAUUGGUGGGAAUGUGGUCAUCCUGCCGGGGGUGCGGAUUGGAAUGAGGUCGACUAUCAGGGCUGGGUCGAUUGUGACCAAGGAUAUCCCGCCUUUCUCGGUGGCCGUGGGUGCGCCUUGUCGCGUGCGGAAGACGAUUCAGUCGCCGGAAGAGGAGCAGUAUCCGAAUAAUCCGUAUCGUGAUUUGGUUCGUGAGGAUCAGUAG